GCGCGUCUCAAGUUGCCAAGAGCUAUGCGGAUCAAUCCCACCUUCCAUGUCUCAAAGUUGAAGCCGGCUCGAGACAGUCCUCUUGCCCCUGCCUCACCCUCACCUCCGCCUACUCGUCUGAUUGAUGGAGAACCUGCGUACACGAUGGCUUCAGACUGUGACUCACCUGUGGAGAUGGCGGCUCUGGGUCGCUCCUUUCUCCUGGGCAUGUUUUAUGACUGCAGAUCUGACAAACUGGUCCCAGGCCUGACUUUCUGGGACCAGGAGAAGCUGGACAAAGACAUGAGAGUGACUCCUAAACCCAGCACUCAGUUUAAAAUCGUGGCGUCUGACCACCUCUCUGAGAAGGCCUCUUCACUCGGAGUGGACGGUGGACUCAAAUUCAGUUUUCUGAGUGGACUUGUGACCGUACAAGGGUCAGCAAAAUAUCUGAACGAUAAGAAAAGUUCCAGAAGACAGGCCCGUGCCACUCUGCAGUACAAAACUACGACAGAGUUUAAAACACUGACCAUGAACCAGCUCAGCAAAGACAACUUAAAGCACCAGGAGGUUAUUGAAAAAGGUCUAGCCACACAUGUAGUAACAGCCAUCCUCUACGGAGCCCAGGCCUUCUUUGUGUUCGACCAGGAAACAUCUGAAGAUGAAAAUGUCCGAGACAUUCAAGGAAGCCUGAAGAUGAUGAUUGAAAAAAUUCCAAAGGUCUCAUUUGAUGUAGGAGGGAAUCUGAAAAUGGAGGACAGAGACAAAGAAAAGGUGAACAAGUUCUCCUGCACUUUUCAUGGAGAUUUCUGUUUAGACAAAAGUCCAACGACAUUUGAUGAAGCAGUAAAAGUUUAUCAAGACCUGCCCAAACUUCUGGGCCCCAAAGGUGAGAACGCAGUCCCUGUGAGGGUGCACCUGCUGCCCCUCAGCGCCUUAGACCCUACAGCAUCUAAACUGGUGCGUCACAUCAGUCUGAGGUUAGUCUGUGAGGCAGAGAACGUCCUGGAGAACUUCAAGGAGCUGGACAUGAUCUGUAAUGAUGUCCUGAAGAGUCCUGCAGGGCAGAACUUCUCACACUUUUCUGAAAAAGUCAAAACCUUUAACUCUUUGUGCUCCGAGUUCCUCCUGGGACUCCAGGGAACUCUGGCCACGAAGCUUCCAUCGAUCAGAGGAGGAGGAGAGGAGGAGGCUGCUCUGGCAGAAGUCCUGAAGAGGGCAGCAGAGAGUCCAUUCAGCUCUCACCGUUUGAACCAGUGGAUGAACGAGGUCGUUAAGGAGACCAACACCUUAAACACCCUCACAAAUCUGAUGAAAAACACAGAAGUCGUCUCUUCUGAAAAUGACCUCAUGAAGAAGGUGCGUGACUCAGAGAAAGUCCUGGUGUUUGUGUUCACGUCUCUGGAGAGGGCAGAGCCGUACCUCGAAGAACUGAAGAACCACCUAAAGGGGAUUCAAACCCACGAGUCUGGAGCAGAGCCCACACCCUGGUACAAGACUAAAGACAUGAUCCACCAAAUGAGACUCAAAGCAAAGGUGUUUGGUGACUUUGCAGACGCCAAUAAAGAUCAGGACACAAUGGCUCUUCGGUUCCUGGCAGUGGGUUUGACUGAUGAAAACCAUAAAGAAGCAACCAUCUAUCUUUAUGAAGACGGGUUCCUCAGCAGUGAGAGCUUUGAGCUCCCUUCUAAACCAGACUCAGUGACUGUGAGCAGAGCCACAGCGCACAGCGUGAGUCUGCAGGUCAGAGCUCUCUCAGUGGGAGCGGAGAACGUCUGUGGAUACAGAGUGGAGUUCUGUGAGAAAGGACAGGAGCAGUGGAAGCAGCAGCUCCAGGCUGAAGCUGGAGAGGUCACAGUGACAGGCCUGAUCCCAAACACAGAGUACAGCUUCACAGUGAGAGCCGUCACUGAGGCGGGAGUAGGUCCAGCUGCUCCUCACACCUCCAUGAAAACCUUACCCUGCGGCCCUCCAGAAGACCCCAGCGCCAUGUCCACCUCCUCAAAGAUCUACGCCCGCUGGAGGAGACCUGCACAAUUGGGACCAGGCGCCCAGAUCCUCAGAUACAUCGUGGAGUACGCUGAGACCGGAGACACACUCCAGUGGAGGAGAGAAGAGUCCCAUUCUGAGGAGAAGGUGAUCUCUGGACUUAAGCCUCAGACAGAGUACAUCCUCAGGAUCUUCUGUGACUAUGGAGAGGACGGAACCAUCUCAGAAAGCUCCACUGUGACCAUCACCACCAAAACAUUCACUGCAGCAGAACUCAUCGUAAAAGACUCUGUCAAAAUCAAGUCUGGAACACCAGAAAUCUACAAACUUGGUCUAAAAGCAGAAGAACCGAGCACUGCUGAUGUCAGAAAAUAUGUGUUUGGAAAGAAAAGUCAUAAAGAAAAUCGUAUCAUGAUGCUUGUCGGACCUGUGGGAUCUGGGAAGAUCAGUCUCAUCAAUGCCAUGAUCAACUACAUCCUGGGAGUCAGAUGGACCGACCCAUUUCGAUUUAAAAUAUACGAGGAUGAGACUUCUGACACAGUGGUGUAUCAAAUAAACCACCAGGAGGGAUUCCAGGUCGACUUCUCACUCACCAUCAUCGACACUCCAGAGUUUAGAGAUGUUACAGGCAUCAAGGAAGACCGUGAGACCCUGGAGCUGAUCUUUGACCUCUUCAAUGAUUUGAACAUCACAGAGGUUCAUACAGUCUGUGUAGUGCUCCAGUCGUGUUUAGCUCGACUCCCUCUAGCCCUGCGUUACUUAUUAGACUCAUUCCACUCCAGCUUUGGGAAAGAUGUGUUUGAAAACCUCAAGAUUCUGGUGACAUACGUAGAUGCUCAGAUGCCUCCAGUUCUUGAGGACAUCAGAGCUGCUGGAGUCCCAUGUCCUAAAACAGAGCAGGGUCUGCCAGUCCACUUCAAAUUCAACAACUCUGCAGUGUUCGCCCCAAACCAGACCUCUGCAGAAGAAGACAGUUUUACUCAAAUGUUCUGGGACAUGGGAAACAAAAACAUGACGAGGUUCUUUAGUGACUUAGAGAAAACUGAGCCUGGAAAGUUGGUUUUGACCACAGACAUGUGGAAAGAUAAAAAGAAGAAGGAGAGAUUAUUAUCAAAAAGACUUAAAGAGAUAGAGCAGACACGUGAACAAAUAGAGGACCACCGGGAAGAGAUGAAAAAAAAUGAGAAUUUUGAGGUUGAAUUCACUGUGACUGUGGGUGAUCAGGUGGACCUCUCUGGAACUGAAGAGCACAGCAACAACUGCAGGGAAUGUUUUGUCACCUGUCAUUAUCCAUGUCCCAUUAGAAACAACGAAGAAAUGGACACAUGUGAAGUAUUUGAUGCAGAUGGAGAUUGCACUGUGUGUCCUGGAAAAUGUGACUGGCAUGACCACUCGAUCGAGAAAUACAGAUGGGAAAACAAGACCGUCACAAAGACAGAAACACUGAAAACACUGAAAGAGAAAUACCAGGCAGAAACUGUAGAGUCUCUCCUUGACAAAUUAAAUGAAGAAUAUGAAGAUGUGGAGGAAGAAAAGAAGAAAAAAUGACCGAUUUCUUAUUCAUAGAUCAUUGACCUAUAGAUGCGUCAUGAAUCUCGGACUUCCGGUCAUCAUGCAAUCCAUACUGGGAAGGAUUUUCUUUUGAACCAUAUCACUUUUGUUUCUGGUUCUGAUAUUGUCAUAUUUUAGUUGUGGAAUUCGGACGUCGUAAUUGUGUUGUUGUUGGAUCCAAACAGCGGAAAACGACUCAAGAAAUUUGUUUGUGAACUCCAUAAAUGCAAAAGUGAAUCAGAUGUGUGUGACUCAAACCUCCGUUCAAACUGUUUCUCUUCCCAACGGAAUUGAAAAAUAGUGAAAGGUGAAGGCGAUGGGCAGGAUUGAUCCACAGGAAGAACCAAAAAGGAAACAUUUGUCUGACUAAAUCAUCCCGAGUUUACAGAGAACAUUUUGUACAUGGAGCAACAACAAAAUAAAAUCCCGUUUGUUAAUGGAGAGGAGCAGAAGACAAACAGACUGAGCUGCACUUUCUUGUUCUUGUGGUUUUACAGAAACAUCACGUCUUGGUCUCUUUGCAGUGGAAGGUGUUUCUUGGUGAACAGUUGGAGCCUUUCACUUUGGCUUUUUUGACUUUUUAAAUUCAUAACCGAGGCUGAGUGAGGGAUCAGGGUUUUGUUUUGUCAUCG